AUGAGCCUACUGAAAUUCUCCGCAAACCAAAAACUCCAAACAGCGCUACAAUUCACAUACCUCGGCCUAUGUCUCGUGGGUCCCUUCAUGAUGCCUGCCAAGCAGGCCAACACUGGGUUCCUGGCUCUGAGUAAAUCACUGCUUAGCGAAGACCACAUGAAUUCCCACUCGUUGGUGAAAGGGAAAAGACACCCAAGAGCUUAUUUUCGGUAA